AUGGAUGAACAAAGUUUAGCCAAAGAUUGUGACUUAACAGAGUUCAACGGCGAGAGUCUUCUUGACCCGAUAAACCGUCUUAAAGAAAUAUUGCAGUCCCAGUCAUCUAUCUUUGAUAGUCCUUCAAACGUUGAUGUCCCCGAAUCAACCUUACAAGGCCACAAUUCUCCUAAGGCUUCAUCCGUUGAAGCUUCACUUUCGUCUUCAGACGCUAAUUCAACACAUAUAGAGUCUAAUCUUAGUACUGCUCAUACUUUACCAACACCCUCUUCUAAUAAUGAUACAUUAAAUCUAACGCUAAAAAGAAGGAGCGUACCACCUGUAGCAUUGAUUUCAGCAGAUAUCAGACAAAGAUUUAAUGAAACUUUACCAUCCAUUGCAAGUUUGGCAGUGACUAAAAUUUACUCUAACCUUUCUUUAGCAACGAGCGCCAGUAGUCAACCAACCUUGUCAUCGACAUCGCGUGCCACAGAUAGUUCUGCGGAUGUAAAUGUAUCAGCUUAUUCAAGUUCUCUGAAUUCUAAAUCUUUUGCGCGGACUUUUUUAGAUAUAACUACUCAAACCAGCUCACCCAAAGUUCAUCAUCCAUUAUCCCCACCCAUGUCGCCCAAAUCUAAAACGCCUAACAUCUUCAAUCUGAAUAGACGUGGUAGUAUUAGUAAGUCUGGUCGACCAAUGAUAAACAUGCCUCCAGCUGUGAUGAAUGACCCAUCUGCUAAUUCAACUCCCUUGUCUCCAAAAUCACCGAAAACAACUUCACCUAAACGUCAAAGGAGAUUUAGUUUUCAAGCUGUUUCUUCAAAAUUAUUAUUUGGAUCAACUAACACAUCGUCUUUAUCUUUUCCAACUAUUGAAGAAAAGACGGAUAUUAAUUUGUCCAAUUCAGUUGUCAUUGAUGAAGAUGCUUUAAAUAGAUUAUGCGACGUAUUACCACACGCAGAUAGGGAUGUCUUGAUAAAAUAUUUGCGUGCAGCAGGUGGAAAAGAUGAUUUAAUCGCUGUUGGUCUUUAUAUGAAAGAUUUAAAAAGCAGGGAAAUAUAA